UAUACAAGAUACUUGACUAUAUGGCUCUUUAAGCACUUACAGCCCCGGCUGAGAAGCAUGUACAACUAGAGCCUCAUGGAGACAAAGAACCAAGUAUAGUGCUUAUCCAAUAGAAUAGGAAGCCCUAAUCUAUGGUGAAUGCAACGGGCAUCGUUCGAUGAAUUUCAUACGGCUCUGGGCUCCAGAAAAUUUGCGUGGUCUAAGUGAUGACGAAGAAACACAAGCUAUCUGUUCUAAUAUUCUAGACGUGGCUUUUGUACGAGCUUUUCGAUCAUUACUAGCAAAAAUACUCUCAGAGUUUUUUGAAACUCCAGCAGCUCCGCCAUAUUCUGGACUGGGGCUGAAUAAUCUUACCCCUUUAUACCAGGGCAUCGAUAUGAAUAAUGUUUCUCGGCGCGAAUUCAUCAGGGCAGUUGAAAUAUCUCAUGACCCUCAAAUUAAGGAUUGGCCAGCCUUCCGAUUCGCAACUUGGAAGCAAAGAGAGGAUGAAGGCAUCACCAAGUGGGAUAAGUAUCUAACAAUUCAAAAUGGAUCAACUACGGGUCUUUCUGAGGCCGCUGUAUGAGGAAUUGAGCGGUUGUAUUACUGAUUACCUUUUAGAGAUUCUAGCUUUCCAGUCGAUCGUCAAUCAAGGCUAGAACACUAGAAUACUAGGUUUACUGAAGCUAUCCGAAAUACUACAAAGGAGGAUAGUGAGAUUGUAUUCCCUAUUAGAAGCCUAGAUGCACCGAUUGUCAUCCUUCUGGGUAGGCCAAUCAUGACCUCUGAGCCAAAUGAAUCGCCAAUCCCAUGGGGACUUGAAGAAAGCGGAUUUAAUGAUGGAAAUUCCUUAAUUUUGUUUUCAGACCCUCGUCGAUAUAAUCUUCACAGGCCACCUAGUUUCAAGACUGUUCUCACGUCAACUCUUAUCAAGUAUAACCAACUUCUGCUCCAAAUGAGCAUUCUGAAGGUAAUUACACUUGAUGGAAAGAACGGAUACAAUCGUAUU